CACAACUACACACACAGCUACACACACACAACUACACACAGCUACACACACACACAACUACACACACACACAGCUAUACACACACACAGCUACACACACACAGCUACAAACACACACACAGCUACACACACACACAGCUACACACACACACAGCUACACACACAGCUACAAACACACACACAGCUACACACACACACACAACUAUACACACACACAGCUACACACACACAGCUCACACACACAGCUACACACACACAGCUCACACACAGCUACACACACACAACUACACACACAGCUCACACACACACAGCUCACACACACAGCUACACGCACACACAGCUACACGCACACACAGCUACACGCACACACAGCUACACGCACACACAGCUACACGCACACACAGCUACACGCACACACAGCUACACGCACACACAGCUACACACACACACAGCUACACACACACACAGCUACACACACAACUACACACACACAGCUCACACACACACAGCUCACACACACACAGCUACACACACAGCUCACACACACUCAGCUCACACACACACAGCUCACACACACACAGCUCACACACAGCUACACACAGCUCACACACAGCUACACACACAGCUCACACACACUCAGCUCACACACACACUACACACACACACAACUACACACAGCUCACACAGCUCACACACACACUACACACACAGCUACACGCACACACACACAUCGCUCACACAACUACACAGACAGCAGCCACUGGCGAUGCUGUCCCAGGCGUUUGUGCUGUCGUCCAGGGGAGACACUCUACUCUACAGGGACUAUGUAGGUAAUGGACACGCGGAUAAUUUGUACGAGAGAAUGUGCCCUCUGAACGAGAGCGAGCAGCCCAUCGUUAAGGUACAUAAUGGGCUGUGCUACGUGCACACACGGCAUAACGGACUUUACUUUGGUUUAACCUGCAAGCCCCAGGCCUCCCCAUUUAUUCUGAUACAAUUCCUUAACCGGUUUGCUGCAAUAGUCAAAGACUACUGUGGAUCUGUUUCUGAAGAGGCCAUCAGGAAGAACCUACCACUAUUGUAUGAGCUUCUAGAAGAAAUCCUGGACUUUGGAGUGGUACAGACUACACGUUUGGACGUCCUGAGGAACUACGUGCAGAGCGAAGCCGUCAACACCCAACCCAGCAGCUUGUUUGACAUGAGUGCCAUCGGACUGUUUGGAGCAGACACACAACAAAAAACCUUGGUCCCGGCAUCAGCUUCGAUACGCUCACUGUCUCAUCAGAGCAAAACCAACGAGAUAUUCGUGGACGUUUUGGAGAGGCUAACAGUGCUCAUCGGGGCAAAUGGGAAUGUGGUUCAAGCGGAGCUCAAUGGCGAUAUCAAUUUGAAGAGCUUCGUGAACGGCUGUUCAGAAAUCUUCAUGACGUUCAACCAUGAUCUUGCCAUAGGAUCAUCACAGAAUAGAGGCUACGGCGGUGCCGUGCGAUUGGACGAGUGCCGCUUCCACGCCAACGUGAACGUGACUGACUUUGAGACCAAACGUGCGAUCAGAGUGAGCCCGGGCCCUGGUGAGAUGACCGUGAUGCAGUACACGGUGCUUGACGACUUCCCAACGCCGCUGCCUUUCAGGCUGUUCCCAACAGUGGAAGUGCAACCUGAAAGGAGUCGGCUGUUGGUGUGUUUGAAGUUGCGUUGUGACCUCUCGCCGAGAAGUCAUGCUACAAAUAUGAUGGUCCGGUUGCCUAUUCCAAAAAGCGCGAUCAGUUUGUCACGUGACGUGAGCAGUCCAGACCAGACGGCGACGUUGGAGCCCGACAGCAGCUCCGUCGUGUGGAACGUUCCGCGCAUCACCGGUGGAUCGCAGCUGUCCGCCAUCUUCCGCUUGGAGGUGCCCGGACUCAGGCCCUCGGCUCGACUGGAAGUGGGCCCCGUGGCGUUGACCUUUGACCUUCCAAGCCUGGCCAUGUCGGGGCUUCGCAUCGGCUGCCUGCGCCCUACGCUGGGGGGCCGAGGGGGGGCGGCACUGUCGGGGGAGCCCCCCAAACGCUGGCUACGCUACUCGACAUCCAGCGGAUCUUACGUCGUCCGCAUUUAAGAAAGCACUAGACGACGCGGGUCGUCUUGUUCUUCGCCGCCACGCACGUGCUCGCAGCCGGUUUGCCUGCGGUCAUCCCAAGAAAUCCAGGCUCGCAGCACCGUGCAGGGCGGGGCACGAAGUUCGCAGACCCCUUUGUUGUUUUCGCACGGCAGUGAGCACACGUAGAUGGGUGGAAUAUACAACAACAAAAAAACACGCUUUGUGUUUUUACAGCCAGACACCAAAAAUAUGGCACUACCACUUCGAGGAGUUUCAACUUUUCUU